AUAAAAUUGACAGGUCUUAGUUUAUUGACAAAUUAGUUGUUGAGAAGUCGUUUAAAAUGUUCGCAAACAAAGUGGUACUAGUGACGGGUGGUAGCUCCGGUAUCGGCGCAGCUACGGUGGAGGCAUUCGCUAAAGAGGGCGCUUCUGUGGCCUUCGUGGGAAGAAAUGAAGCUAAGCUAAAGGAAGUAGCGAGCCGCUGCGAACAGCACGGAGCCAACGUCCUGGUCAUCAGAGCAGAUGUCUCCAAAGACGAGGAAGCGAAAACGAUCGUACAACAAACUGUCGACAAAUUUGGUAAACUAGAUGUACUCGUCAACAACGCUGGUAUUCUCCGCUUUGCAAGUGUACUACAAUCACACAUACUACAAACCUUUGACGACAUUAUAAACACGAACUUGCGAUCUGCAAUCCUUAUCACUAACCUAGCCAUACCUCAUUUAAUAGCCACGAAAGGCAACAUAGUAAACGUUUCAAGCGUUAUGUCGUCAUCAGUCAAACUGCCAGGGAUGAUGCCGUACAGCAUUUCUAAGGCUGGCAUGGAUCACUUCACAAGAUUCUCUGCUUUAGAACUGGCUCCUUCUGGUGUACGAGUGAACUCUGUGAACCCUGGACCAGUUAUAACAGACAUCACAGCUAGUUCUGGUAUUCCUGCAGAAAGGAUUAAGGAGACAGGAGAAAAUACACCUAUGGGAAGAUCCUCAGACCCUGAUGAGGUUGGUGAUAUUAUUCUGUAUCUAGCCAGUGACAAGGCUAGGAGCGUCACAGGAUCCUGCUAUGUUAUUGAUAAUGGAUAUUUGUUACAAUAGAAUUGAUAUAAUAAUAAUCUAAGAAGUUUAGAAUGCUAAGAUUGUUAUUAAAUAUAUGUGAAGAGUUUUUCCGGACAUUUUGAAUGGUGUUAUGGGUGAAAAAAGUCAUUUGAAUACAUAUUAUUUACAAUUAA